AUGACAGCUAGUGACGACUACCAUUCCCUGACCCAGGGUCUCUCUAGCCUGGAUUUCUCUGGGAACCAUGUACCUUGCAAACUUCUCCUGAGUGGUGACACUGCAUUCCCAGUGCUUGUAAGUCCAUCACAAGACGUCCUUAUUGGUGCUGGUUCCUAUGGCAUGGGAAGGGUUGUUGUCCUGGGUAAUGAGUUAUAUUUAAGCCAGCCGCAAUUCAUAGAUUUCCUGAAAAAUGCAAUAUCUUGGCUGAAGCCAUCCUCAAGAACGGUCAUUGGUGUCACCGCCAGUGUCAGUAGCCUAGAAGAGACUCUCUCUUCCAUUGGAUACCAAGUUGAGAAGAAUGCUAGCCCUAACGAAGAUCUGGCAGUGCUCUGUACAUCCGGAUAUGAUGACAGUGAAGCAAAUGAGAUUGUCUCAUUUGUGAGAAGAGGUGGGGGUUUGCUUAUUGGAGCACAAGCUUACCAAUGGGCUGCUGACCACAAACAAGACAACGUUCUGUGUAAUUUUCCUGGAAACAAAAUUACAUCUGUGGCUGGGAUCUACUUCACUGACCUGUAUGGAGAGAAAGGAAAUUUCUGUGUGAGCAAAAACAUGCAAUGGUGCCCAUUUUACAAAGAGUUGAACUUUUCAGCAGAUUUAAAGCAACUCAUGGAAGGUGUUCAAAAUGUGGACAUCACUGGGGGUGGCCUUCUCUCCGAACUUCUGCUUCAUGGACCUCUGACAUUCCCAGUAGGUCUGACCAAUAACAAUCAAUGUUUCAUUGGCGCUGGAUACUAUGGCAAAGGGCGUGUUUUUGUGGGAACACAUGAAGGCAUGCUACUCAGACCAGAAUUCAAGACCCUCAUUCUGAACGCCAUAUCAUGGCUGGGAAAGGGGAAAAAGGGAACAAUUGGUGUUAACUCAAAUUAUCGAGGUCUUGUACCUGUAUUACAGAAUGGAGGAUUCAUUUGUGAAAUAUCACAACUGCUUUCUAAGCACAGUGUAUACUGCUGUACAUCUUACAGUGACAAAGAGGCAAACAAAAUCAAUCGGUUUGUGGCAGAAGGAGGAGGCCUGUUCAUUGCUGGCCAUGCUUGGUACUGGUCCUAUUCUAAUCCAAAUGUGAACUCUGAAUACCCAGGAAACAAAAUCCUCAACAAGUUUGGAAUUACAAUUCUGUCGACAACAGUUAAAGCAGGAGUAUAUAAGAGUCUGGAUCCUCAGGCAACUGCUAACACUUACCACUUCCCUAGAGCAGUCAGCCAAUUGUUGUGUGACCUGCAGGGUGGAGCAAAUCUGAAGGCUCCUCUGGAUAGUUGGUUGUCACAGCUCACACAGGAUACCAUACAAUUUAUGAAGGUGCCAGAAAGCCCUCUAAUUUCAUUGCUGCAGCAUGAGCUGGUAUCUGUAGUAGAGGGCUAUAAACUGCCUGAGGUUAGUAAAAGGUGUCCAGUGAAAAAUGGCUCCAAGGAAGCUUUCCUGCUAUGUCUGGCCCAAGAUCUCAGCAGCUUUGUUAAACUAGAUGACCAAGAAUUGAAAAAUUUGCUGGACCAACCUGCUGUCACUGUGCAGAUUGAUGCUACAAACACUGGUGGCGAUGCAUGGAGAAGUACUGGACUCUACCUCCCUCCCAGGAAAACAGCAGUACUUCUGUUUCCAGACUCAGUCUUGGGGAAAGGUCUUCAGGUUCAGGUUGGUUGUCAUACAGAUAACCUGAGUAGCCAAAAUCAGCUGUGCCGUGCUCCAGUGGUUGUCUUAAAGAAGAGUGUUACUGAUCAGAGGGUUGUGGUCUCCUCUGUCUGGGGAGGCCUGCUGUACAUUAUUGUGAAGGGAAACAGCAAUCUGGGGAUGAUUUCAGUAUCAGUGCAUGGAGCAGAACUGGCUCCAACCUAUAUAAAAGGCCAAACUUCCAACUCAUCCUGGGUGCAAACGAUUCGCAACUAUCCAGCUCCUUGGGCUGAGCUGAUUACAGAUAACAUAAUCCUUACUGUCCCUUCUGAAGUAAUCCGCUCAUUAGAUGACCCUGAUGAUUUAACGUCUCAGUGGGAUGAUGUCAUGGUGGCAGUAGCUGAUCUUGCUGCAAUUCCAAAGAAAUUUGCACGUCCUGAAAGAAUCGUGGCAGAUGUGCAGCUUUCCGUAGGUUGGAUGCAUUCUGGAUAUCCAAUAAUGUGUCAUCUGCAGACAGCAAAGGAUAUGAUAGACCUUCAGCAAAUAAAGAAAAGUGGAUUAUGGGGACAUGUACAUGAACUUGGUCACAAUCAGCAGAAGUCUAAUUGGGAAUUUCCCCCUCAUACCACAGAAGCCACAAAUAACCUGUGGUCUGUAUAUGUACAUGAGACGGUGCUGAACAUUUCUAGGGAUCGAGCUCAUCCUGCUCUAAAGCCAGCUGAUAGGACUGCACGUCUUACAAAGUAUAUAAAGGAUGGAGCCAAACUGCAAGAUUGGAGUAUGUGGACUGCUCUUGAGACAUAUCUUCGGUUACAAGAGGCCUUUGGCUGGGAUCCCUUCAAACACCUUUUCUCUGAAUAUCAGACAUUGUCAAAUGUCAGCAGUAACAAUAAGGAUAAGAUGAAUCUUUGGGCAGAGAAGUUCUCUCAAGCUGUUCAUAAGAACCUGGCCCCAUACUUCCAGGCCUGGGGGUGGCCCAUUGAGGAGAAAAUCAUAGCCAAUGUAUCCACUUUGCCUGAAUGGGAAGAGGAUCCUAUGAAGUCUUACGUCGCUUCCAAAUAAAUGUAACAAUAAAAAAAAACC